ACAAGAGAAAGACGAUGAUGGUUUCUUUGGACCUGCUCUGCCACCAGGAUUUAAGAAGCAACAGAUGUCACCAGAAAGGCCGCCUGUGCUGGGACCGGCUUUGCCUCCUGGGUUUCGCAGAGCAGCAUACGAAAACGAUGAUGAUAAGGAUAGUGAAGAUGAAGAGGAUUUCCCAGGGCCUGCUCUACCCCCAGGCUACCAGGCUGAGUCCAGCAGCGAGGAGGAGGAUGUGAUCGGACCCAUGCCGUCCAAAGGGCCUAUUCAAAACUCUGUGGCUCUGGACAUUGAACGCAGAGCACAAAAGAUGAAAGCCAAGCUGACAGGAGACGACACUCCUGAGGUGGUGACCAGAGAAACAUGGAUGACCGAGCUCCCACCAGAACUACAGCACAUUGGCUUGGGGGCUCGAACUUUCAAGAAGAAGUCGGGUCCAGAGAACAAGGAUCGCUCCAUUUGGACAGAUACACCAGCAGACAGGGAGCGCAAAAUCAGGGAACGCCUUGAGGGGAAGAAGAAGGGUGAGGAGGAGAAAGACGAUGUCCCACAGCUCUCCCGCAAGGACUUGGAAAUGGCAGAGAAAGUGUCUAAGUAUAAUGAGACUAAACGUGCUGAGUCCCUGAUGACUUUGCACACAAAGACGAUGAAGGAAAAAGCAAAGGAGAAGGCUGACAUACCAGUGGAGAGGAGACCAUUCGAUCGGGAUGCAGACCUGCAGGUGAAUCGCUUUGAUGACGCCCAGAAGGAACGGCUGCUGAAGAAAUCUCAGGAACUGAACACACGGUUCUCCCAUAGCAAGGACCGAAUGUUCCUGUAAUCAAUUGUAAAAAUGUAAAAAUGUGUUGGAAGACAUCCAGUUACAGUAUGGACUAUUUUUAGUCGGAUACUGUUACACAAAUGGAGAAGUUGAUUUUAUGUUGGUCUCUGAGGUAAACUAAACUGUACUGAACAGACUAUAAAGCCAUGGCAGACAAUGCUACAGCCGCCAGUGGAGCUUUUUUAAAGUUGAAAUGGUAUAUAUCUACUUACAUUUUUAAAGGAGACACUGUAUUAGGGCUGCUGAUAUAUGUAUAUAUAUUUUGAUAUAGGUCUUGUUAGGUUAUCUUUUGACAUUUGGAAAAUCACCUGUUAGUCAUGCUGGACAUUGAAAGUCAUUUUCAUCUCGUAAACUUAACUAACUCCAGAACUAUAGUGUUCGACAAGGACAUAGUAGUUUCUUAGUAUAUAGACAUAAUUAGCUUUAUGAUUUAUAAUGUAAAGCAAUCCCUGAACACAAUCCCAAUGACAAAUUAUAAGAUAAGAUAAGAGAUAAUAGUCCCACAAUGGCGAAAUUCCAAUAAAUAAACUUUGCCCAAGUGUGUUUCUAAUCACAAACGCUAAAUAAAUGGAGAUACUACAAUGUUGGCUUGUUCUGGGCUGCAUUAGAUUAUCUCCUUUUGAUUUAAGAAGUUUUAACCAAUAUUUAACGAGCCUGUCAAAGUUCAGACUGUUAUUCUUAUUCAUUAAGCCCCAAUAUAGUUUGAUGUUGGAAACAGUGCUUUAUAUUAAACCUGACUGCUCUUUGGCCAACCAGAUCAAUAAAAUCGGUGUCCCUUAUUGCUCAACCCAGCUAGUAAAGUUGCCCUUUGUGAAAUUGUGAUUGAUUUAUUGAGUUUUUUGUAAAUACUUUUGGCACAGAUUGCUGUAAAACGCAUUGUUACUCUGCGUUUUCCUACAGCUUUACAAUCUUUCAUGUGUCCAAUAAGUUGUUUUGUGUUUUUUUAAGUUGAUUAAACAGUAUUUUUUAAACCUUU